AUGUCACCUGAAGUCGAGGGCAUAAACUUGAGCGUGCAUCUUGCCACUAAAUCAUUUGAUAAACGGCGGGCAUGCGUAAAGAUUCUGACAUUGUUGAAUCGAAAGCUGAACUUGCGCAUAACUUUGGGCAAACUGGGGAAGGGAUGGGAGGACAAUUAGGGGAAGGGUGCUCAGAACUGAACAUGCGCACUCAUUCUUCUUAAGCCUUGGAUCCGGACAGCGAACAGGCGCAAGAAAAAUGUUUCGGGAGGGGUCGUCGGUAUUAAAGUGAGCAUGCGCGAUUUCAUAGCCGUUAUCCUCGGGCUUGGUUGUGCUUCUGCUAGAUGAGUCUCUGUCUUGGCUCGCCUCCGAGACGUUGGAAAAGGAUUGGUCAUCAUGUCAGUAGUCACAGUUCAACUUGGUCAGUGUGGCAAUCAAAUUGGUUAUGAAGUAUUUGAUACCAUGUGUAGAGACUUACAUAAUACCCAGGGAUUCUGCUCUAAGAGGGAAAAUGAAAUCUAUCAAGCAUCUUGCAAAGAACAUUUCUUUAAUGAGGAUAAAAGUGAAGUUCCAGUUGCCCGAGCAUUGCUUAUUGACAUGGAGCCCAAAGUAAUCAGUCAAACACUAUUAAAAGCUGCCCAUUCUGGCAGAUGGAAGUAUGGUCAACAUUCGCAUUUCUGUCAAAGACAAGGUUCUGGAAAUAAUUGGGCAUAUGGCUAUAGUGUUCAUGGGCCCAAGCAUGAAGAAUCUAUCAUGAAUCUAAUUCAGAGGGAAGUAGAGGAAUAUGACUCUCUAAGUGGAUUUUCUAUUAUAAUGAGUAUGGCAGGAGGCACAGGAUCUGGCUUGGGAGCCUUCCUCACACAGAACUUAAGAGAUGCUUAUCCAAAUUCUUUUAUAAUGAAUCAGGUUAUAUGGCCCUAUGGAACUGGUGAGGUUAUUGUCCAGAACUACAACUCAGUUUUGACUCUUUCCCAUCUGUAUCGAUCUUCAGAUGCACUUCUUGUUCAUGAAAAUGAUGUGGUCCAUAAGAUAUGUGCUAAAUUGAUGAAUAUCAAACAAAUCUCCUUCAGAGAUGUAAAUCAAGUCAUUGCUCAUCAAUUGGGAAGUGUAUUCCAACCUACCUACUCUUCAGAAGAUUCAUUUCAGUACCGAAGAAACCCGUUAGGAGAUUUGAUGACAGCCUUGGUUCCACACCCUGAAUUCAAGAUGCUAGGUCUACGUAACAUUCCUCAAAUGCCUGAAAACUCAUUGGCUUACACCACCUUUGCCUGGGCUGGAUUGCUUAAGCAUUUAAGACAGAUGCUCAUUUCUAAUGCUAAAAUGGAAGAAGGUAUUGAUUGGCAGGUACGACCGCCUUUGUCAGGACUUCCUGCCCUUGAGAAGGUCUCUCCCAACAAGGAACUCCGUUUUAAUACUUCCAUAGCUAACUUGCUCAUCCUUCGUGGUAAAGAUGUGCACAGUGCAGACACAGGGGGCUUUAAAGAUCCAGCUUUAUAUACUUCCUGGCUCCAGCCUAGUGAUGCCUUCUGUGAAUGGAGAACACACCGAGCCUUUAACAAAUAUGAGAAAUCAGCGGCUUUGGUCAGCAAUAGCCAGUUUUUACUAAAACCACUUGAUACCAUCGUAGGCAAAGCUUGGAAUAUGUUUGCUUCAAAAGCCUAUGUUCACCAGUACACAAAGUUUGGAAUUGAAGAGGAGGACUUUUUAGACAGCUUCACGGUAUUGGAGCAAAUCGUUGCCAGUUACUGCAACCUUUGAUCUUGAGACAAGUCGCCUUCCCUAGAAGAAAGUAUCUCUACAGACCCUGGAUUGAAAUAUUUAUAUAGCACGUCCUCGAUCAGGUUUCAAAAAACCCAACUCUCUUGAAAAGAAAAAUUGCCAUCGUUACGGAGUACUUUGGUGAAGAAUUGUCGGCAUGGGUGCUCUCGGAUAGAAUACUCGGGUUCUGAAAAUCACCGGGGAAAAGUAUGUUCUGUCUUUGCAGACAAUUAACGCAGCCGCCUUCUUUCAACCACUAGCUUGUCCUGGAACCUUUAAUGUUUAGUCCAAAAAACGGCUAAGUUGAACCUGCCUCCUGGCAAUACUGGCUGUUUGAUCAUGCUUACCUUGCAAUUCUGGAGGUGGACUCGCGUUAAUGAAUACCCCGUGCCACAAGGGGGCAGUGUUGGCCAGCGCCUCGGUGGCAUGGACAUGGGCUUGCCUCCAUUUCUCACCUCAGAGGAGCUGAUUAAAGCUUCUAUUUCACAAUCAAUGUCCCAAUGACGCCUGAAUGUUAACCUAAACUACAACAAAUGGAAUAGGCGGCUACUUCCUUUAUUUUCGUGGCUUUCUUUUUUCUUAAAAAACUUACUAGUUAUUGCAGAACCUGAUGGAAUCUUCAGUUUUCAUUACAAAAUCACCCUUGAUAACUAUUGUAAGAGUAUUUAAGGGGAGGAGGAUGGCAUGUUCCAGAACAAUUAUAUCUAGUCCGUGCUUUGAAAUGGGUGCAUGUAUCUAUAUUAUAUACAUUUGUAAAUAUACACAUGUAUAUUGUUUUUAUAUAUAAAUAUCUAAAGAUUAAUAUAAUUUAAUAUUUUUAUAUAUAUAUAUAUAUAUAUAUUAAAUAUCCUUACCUUCUGUCUUAGAGUUGAUACUAAGUAUCUGUUCCAAGGCAGAAGAGUGGUAAGGAGUAGGCAAUUGGGGUAAAGUGACUGGUGCAGGGAGACACUGCUAGAAAGUACUUGGGGUCAAAUUUGAACCCAAGACCUCCUAUCUCCAGACCUGGCUCUCUAUUCAUUGAGCCACUUUGCUUCUCCCUCUGAAAUGUAUAUUGACAUAUCAGACUGAAUAUUGCUUAUCCUCUCCUUCCAUAUCCCCCCACCCUCACCACCACCGCCACCACCACCAUUGCCUUAGGUAAAGCCUUGUUUCUCAUUCAGAGAUACAUCAUUUUGGGGAGUGGCCUGUGGUUUUUAGGAAUAGAGUAGAUGCAUCAGACAAACGCCAGGUACCUGGGUGGAAGCUUGCCUUGCAUUUAGAGGUUAGGAGUUAUGGUUGGUUGGUUGAUUUUUUUAAACCUCUGCUAAAGUGUCAGUAAAUAAGUAUUUACCUUUUAGUUGUAUCUCAAUAAACGUAAGGUGAUAAAAAAGACCGAACAGAUCAGCAUUCAGUGAUUGAACGAGACAAAGAAAACUUGCAAUCUAGCAGCUCUCUUGGAAGGAGAAUGAUACGUCUAAAAAGCACAUCAUCUAUGCUGCACUGACAAACGUAAAGCGAAACCCGCAUAGGAAAAUUCGCCCUUUCUGCCAAAUUUACCAGUAGCCACUUUUCUUUUUAUUCAACUAAAUGACAGUAUACUGUUUGACUAGUUUCUUCCUUUUCUUUCCAUAUGGAAACAAUUACCUUUUUUGCUGUUUUUCUUAUCAACUGUUGCUAUGAUUAAAAAUAUUGAACUAUAUCUUAUUUCUAAAGAAUGCAAAGAGUGGUCUGUACAACUGCUAAUUUUUUAAAAGACACACCCCACGGCUGCAUUGAGUUAACCUCUCAGUAUUAUUUUAAGCUUCAUUUCGCAAAACUCAGAAUCGAAUUCUUUUUUAAAUGACAUUUAAACAGUGAAGAGGCUCAAAAAUACAAAAUAACUUCCUGGAAUAAAGGAAUGUUUUGUUUUGUUUUGUUUUA